AUGUCAAGUGAUGAAGAUGAAUGGGGGUGGGACGAAGAGGAAGAAGAAAACGACUGGUAUGCUUCAGAAGAAGUCCCAGACUUAUCUCGAGGAGUUUCAUAUAUACUUAUGAGCGAAAAAGAUAUAGCUGAGCGCCAAAUGCAAGCAAUCGCCAAAGUUUCAGAUCUUUUAGGUUUCACGAAUUCCCAAGCUGCAGCACUCCUUAUGAAAUAUGACUGGAAUCCUCAAUUAGUCUGCCAAAGAAUUACUGAUUCUAGGUUUGAUGAUAUUGCGAUUCUUGACAGAAAAACGUCAUUUCGCAAGUCAAAUGAAAGCCAAACCUGCAUGGUUUGCUGCCAAAGAGUCAAAGGCUUUGAUAUGAGAGGCUUGGACUGUGGGCACAUGUUCUGCAAGCGCUGCUACACUGGAUAUCUCACGGAAAAGCUAAAUGAAGGAGUUGCCUCAGUAUUUGCUACCUGUCCUAUGGAUGGAUGCAAAAUGAUUGUGCCUGAAGAACUGUUUCAAGACCUCCUUCCCUCACAACUUUUCCAGAGAUACAAACGAUUUUUGUUAACUCCCCCUUGAUGUCUGUGGGCGAAGAAAACCAUUGGAAAAAUCCUAUUUUUUGCCCAAAACCCCACCCUCCAAAAAUUUUGUUAAUAAUGAAAUCUCCAGCUGUUUCUGUUUAAUUUUGAAAAAAUUGCAUUCUAAAGUAUAAAUUUUAUAAAUUAAAUAAAUUUUGGUUAUCACAUCGAGAGGGGGAGUAAGAUCUUUUGUCGAUAAUCGCCAAACAGUGAAAUGAUGCCCAGCCCCAGGCUGUCAAUAUGCAGUCGAAUACCCCAAAAUGAGAACUAAAGAUAUAGUCUGCAAAUGUGGCUACUCAUGGUGCUUUAAAUGCGGAAAAGAAGCUCAUCGUCCUUUAGAUUGUGAAAAGCUUAAUAAGUGGAACGAAAGAAAUUCGGGAAUUGGGCUGUCUGGAGAAGAUGAUUGGCUUGUUGCAAACACAAAACAAUGCCCAAGCUGCAAGGUCAGGAUCCAGAAAAAUCAAGGCUGCAUGCAUAUGACUUGUAAAUGCGGGUAUCAGUUUUGCUGACUUUGUGGGGGAAACUGGACUGAACAUGGAGAAGCUACAGGAGGUUACUAUAAAUGCAAUAAAUUUGAAGCCAAACAAAAAAGAGGUGAGCUUUCAGCUGAAGAGCGCAAAAGAGCUCUAGCUGCCCAAAGUACCCAACGUUACGAGCAUUAUUUUAACCGUUUUAUGGAGCAUAAAUCCUCAAUCCGCUUCGCAAAAGAAAAAAAAGCAAAAAUGCUUGCAAGUGUUGACGCAAUGAAACAAAUUUUAAGUGGGUAUUCUAGUGACUUUAAUUUUAUAGGAGAAAUCUGUGACCUUAUUAUCAGCUCUAGAAGCUCUUUAUGCUAUUCUUACCCUCUUGGAUUUUUCUUAACUUCUCCUUCUAAGCUGAGAUUUUUUGAAUUUGUGCAGGCUGAGCUAGAAAAUUCGUUAGACAAGCUUGACGAGUUUACUGAUAAAAAUUUAGACGGCUAUGUAAUUGACACUGAAAGCGGGUUUAGGCUUGACCAAGCAUUUUUUAAUUAUAGAAGUGACGCUUUAAGGCUGGCAGGAGUGGUCAGAGAGCAUAUCAGUAAAUGUUUGACUGAGAUGGAAAAUGGCUUCCCAGAUGUACUAGGGACUGAUGAGCAUGGAAAAACAGAAGAAGACUUGAUUUUUUUAUUAGAAGAUGAGUCAUUGUCACAUUGGAUAUGCAGCUCAUGCACCUAUGCAAAUGAAAAAGGCAAAACUGUCUGCGAUAUUUGUCAAACAGCAAGACCAACACUACGUAAUUAG